AUGGCUCCGGAAAGGCCCAGAAAGAGGAGCCCGAGAGCUUGGGAUGCCCUAGAUCCUCCUCUCUCAGAAUGGGUUCGCGAUGCUGUCGCAACUAUGGGCUUCACCCAGAUGACACCCGUUCAAGCUGCAACACUCCCACAUUUCAUGGGAAACAAAGAUGUUGUUGUCGAGGCUGUUACUGGUAGUGGAAAAACCCUUUCUUUCCUCAUUCCUCUUGUCCAAAAACUUCUACGAGUUAGCGAACCCACCAAGAAACACCAUGUCGCCGCUAUCAUCGUCUCUCCCACGCGCGAACUGGCUGCUCAGAUCCAUACUGUCCUAGUCAAUCUGCUGCAAUUCCACGAAGCCUCCGCUGAAGUCCUUCCUCACCUAAAAGACGACGAAAAGCGACCUUCUACUACCGUACCCGCCAUCGUGCCCCAGCUGCUCGUAGGAGGCACAACGACCACGGCGCAAGAUCUCAGUUUCUUCCUUCGACACAGCCCGAACGUUCUCAUCUCCUCUCCCGGCCGACUUGUCGAACUUCUGUCUUCGCCUCACGUCCACUGCCCCCAGUCCUCCUUCGAGGUUCUAGUCCUUGACGAAGCCGAUCGUCUCCUGGACCUUGGUUUCAAGCCGGAUCUCCAGAAGAUUCUGUCGCACCUGCCAAAGCAGCGAAGAACUGGACUUUUCAGUGCUAGUGUUAGUGAGGCCGUUGGCGAGAUUAUUCGAGUCGGUCUGCGAAAUCCCGUCAAAAUCGAGGUCAAGGUCAAGAUGAAGGAUGGUGGAGUUCUCGAAGACAGAAAGACCCCUGCCAGUCUGCAAAUGACAUACAUGGUUAAGCCCGCGAGCCAAAAACUUCCCGCCCUUGCGGAACUGCUUCGACAAUUACCUGUACGACCUCAACGGAGUAUCGUUUUCCUUUCUACUUGCGCAGCUGUCGACUAUUUCCAACAUGCUCUGCCUCUGAUCCUGCCAGAGGGUUUCGCCCUGGUUCCCCUACAUGGAAAGCACCCAGCUAAAGUCCGAGAGAAAAACUUUAACCGCUUCCUCAACUCCGUCGCUCCUACAAUACUACUUACAACCGAUUUGGCAGCUCGUGGUUUGGAUAUCCCGCAGGUUGAUCUGGUGGUUCAGAUCGAUGCCCCGUCAGAUCCCAAGGUGUUUAUCCAUCGCAGUGGAAGAGCUGGCCGUGCGGGCCGAAAGGGACUGGCAGUGGUGAUGUUGCACCCUGGACGAGAAGAAGAUUACGUCCAGUUCUUAGAGAUUCGCAAAACUCCAAUUGUAAAACUGGAGAAGCCAACCGUUUUCACAUCAGACGAGGAUGCUGUUGCUGCUACGAAGAAGAUUAGGGACCUUGUGUUGACAGACCGGGCACUGUUCGACAAAGCACAGAAAGGAUUCGUGAGCUGGGCUCGAAGCUACGGCGCUCACCAGGCUACAUCUAUUUUCCGCGCGGCUGAUCUCGACUGGGCUGAUCUUGGCAAUGCAUGGGGAUUGCUGCGUUUGCCUAGAAUGCCCGAGCUCAAGGGUUUCACGGGCGACAAGAUGUGUGGCCUUGAGAUAGACUGGGACAACUACGCCUACAAGGAAAAGACUCGCGAACAAGCAAGAAAGGUGGCCCUCGAGGAGGAGAAGGCAGGCAAGAAGAAGGACAAGAGCGAGGAAGUGAAGCGCAAGCGCAAGAACAACGAGGCCUGGAGCGCCAAGCACGAGAUGGAGGAUGAGAGAGUGGAGCGAAGGGAAAAGCGACGCAAGCGUCGUGAGGCAGAGGCCACUUCCAACAUGACAGAGGACGAGAAGAUCAAGCAGAUGGAGCUAAACGAGAUGCUUGUUCAGAUCCGAAAACAAAACCGCGAAAAGGCAAUUCUUGAGGCCGCGGCGGCUAAAAAGGAUAAGGAGGACGAGUUUACAGGGUUUGACGAUUAG